UGAACACUAACAGAAUCAUUUGGGGGUGGUGAGAACUGAACUGAACUGAACUGAGAAACUGUUGCGCAAGCAUGUGCAAGAGUGUGGCACCGUAACCUGAACCACCAUGUUCAGCGCCACAAAACGGGUUACUGGGUUCAUUCCACGGUGGUUACAUCCAAUCCGGCAACUCCAUGGCGACGGGGAAGAGAACAUACGCUUUUACAAAAGCAGAGGCCAGCACAUUCUCAUGAACCCUCGAAUUCUCGACACCAUUGUUCAAAAAUCCGCAAUCAACCCUUCCGACAGGGUCCUCGAGAUCGGACCCGGCACCGGAAACCUCACCCUCCGCCUCCUUGAAGCCGCCCACGAGGUCGUCGCCAUCGAGAUCGACCAGCGCAUGGUCGACGUUCUCGAGAAACGCGUCCUCCAACGCGGCCUCCGCAGUAAACUCAAGGUCAUAAAGAAAGACGCAUUGAGAACCCAGUUCCCGCGUUUUGAUCUCGUCGUGGCCAACAUUCCAUACGGGAUAUCUUCCCCUCUUGUGUGUAAACUGGUGUACGGGAAGAGGCCGUUCCGCAGCGCCACUCUUCUGCUGCAGAAAGAGUUUGCCCGGAGGUUGCUAGCGAAUCCCGGGGACUCCGAGUUUAACCGGUUGGCUGUGAAUGUCAAGCUGCUGGCUGAUGUGGAGCUUGUUAUGGAUGUGAGCAAGAGGGACUUUCUGCCGUGCCCGAAAGUUGAUUCCUCGGUCGUCAUAAUCCGCCCUAAGGAUCGCGUCCCGGAUGUUGAUCUCCGGCAGUGGAGGGCUUUCACCAGGACUUGUUUUGGUCACAAGAACAAGACACUAGGGGCCAUGUUUAAACAGAAGAGGAAAACUUUGAAAUUGUUUCAAAUCUCUAAUAAUAAUGAUGAUUGCAUUGGAGAUGAGUCAGGAGAGUUUGGGUUUUCUCCUUCUUUAGAAGGAUUCAGGGAAAAUGCAGUUGAAGUGCUUAGAGCUGGAGGGUUUGAACACAAAAGGCCUUGUAAACUUUCAAUUGAGGAAUUGCUGCAUUUGCACUCCUUGUUCAAUCAAGGUGGCAUAUAUUUUGAUCGCCGUGGAAAGCUCACGAAUGAUGAUGAUGAGGAGGAGGAGGAGGAUGAUUAUGAUAUGGUUGAGGAUGGUGAUGACUAGUGCUCCCUGUCCCUGGAGUCUGCAGGAUUCUUUCAUGUCACAUUUCCCUCUUCAAAGUCUCACAUGUUAGAGUGAUGAGUGCAAUAUGCUAUUCUAGUUGUAGAGGAUCCUAGCCUAGGCAGUUAGUUUAUUAGAAUCAGUUCAGAGGAGGUUAGUUUAUGUUAUAGCUAACUUCCUAUAUAUGUAAUCUACCUCUAUAAUAAUUCAUUCAUUCAAUACAUGAGAUUCAGGUCACACUUCGGAAGGAGCAAGUUGAACCAGUAAUCACUGCACUGGACCCGAUCGCAUGAGUUUCUUGUUUCUCCAAAAAUUCCGGUGCGGUUUGCCUCAGUUGUUAGCAAGGAAUUCUGAUUGGGAGCAACAAGAUGUUUUCUUCUCUCCUGGUUGCAGUCUUCUGUUUCAAGCUCAAUUUUGACGAAGCUUUUUGGUUGCAAGUAUGCUUAUCAAGCAUGAGAUAAGAUAGAUACAUAAAGAUUUUCAGUCUCAAACUGAGGCAAAGUGAAGACAGCUCAGAACAGAGAGCUUCGAAAUACGAAGCUUGAAGGCAAAACUGUCAGUAAGUUUUUUAUGAAAAACAAAUCUGUUUCUAAUUCUCUUUGUGCAAUAGGUGAAUCCAUAAGUCACAAAGGGCAUGUUGAUGUUAUUUCUGAAGGUUUUCCUUCAGAAUAUGAGUCCUUAGUUAAUGAUCCCAUUGAGUGUUAAGUUUCAAUCACUAA